AUGCUUUCGGCGUUGGAUAUCCGCUACUUCUCGUGGCCCUACUUCUUCGCCCUGCUCAUCCUAUCGGCUGGGGUAAUAGCCCCGUUGAUUGUGAUGAAGUCGAGACCCGCGGCGUUGUUCCGCACUGGAAGCGGUCGUAUUCCGGAGUGAUUGGUGUCCGCAUGGAUAGAGGGCAUCGCGUAGCGCCCACGGGAGUUUCCUGAGGUGCGCGCAAGUAGUGUCUUGACAUAGCGCCAAAGCGGGGGGAAUCAGACAAGCUUGCUGGGAUAUGUCCGAAACGAAUGAGCCUGGUGUUGCUGGUUGGUCUGGUGGCAUGGCACGUUGCUGUUAGGCCUCGCUGCAGGCAGUGCGUAAUUGCGCCGCCUUUUGCUUGGAGGGAUUGUUUUGCAAUGUUGGUGCGAGAGGUGCUAGAGGUGACUGAGGUGUGUUGCGAGGAGUCUUUUCCGUUCCGCGAAGCGCGCGAAAACGUGCCUGUAUAGCAGACUUUAGCGUUGGACGUUUGGGUCGCGUGGAUAAAUGUUUCGUAGAUUGUGGUGUAAUAUGUACUGUACUGCUCACAAUGUUGCUGUCUAUUACUGUAGUCGUUUCUGUUUUGGAUGUGGGAGGUGUUCCGGCAAGCGAUCGAGUAGGAGCGAGAGGGAUGCGGGUCUGCAGCAGACGGGACAAGAAGGACAACUAAGUGUUGGAGGCUCGCCGGCGGCCACGAGAAGUUAUGUUAUCGCCGAGUGAGGAGGAUUUACACGACGUCAUCGAGGGGACGUGAAGGGGGCGGGGGGAGGCGGGGGGGGGGGUCCACAAAGCCGUCAUGUGUAUUCAUCGCGUAAAUAUCGAGGCGGCAAGGCGGGUAACGGGGCGUGAGAGAUGGAGGGUUCCUGUGCCGGGAGCGACGAAACAGCGGAAAGAGAACUCCCGCACUCCAUCUGAGGCGAAGACGAGCUCUCGUGGAAGCUCGCGGAUAGCACUCCUCCGCGUUUGAAGAGCUCAAGUUCCUGGAUGAUGAAGCCCGACUUGUUUUCGUCUUGUUGCUUUUUUUUCUUGCUUUUUUUCUGAUGUUUAUCGGUUUGAGUCUAGACUGCAGGGGGGUCGCCAAGUUCGCACCUUGCCGCGUGCUGCAGAAUUGUUGUCCUACGGCGGCAUGAUUUUUACGUUUCCACCUGUGUUCACUUGAGAGCUUUUGGGAGUUGCAAGUGUCAGCCGUGUGACGGUUGUGUGUGUGAUUGUUGUGUGAUGUCAACGGCUUGGCGUAUGCGAGACCUUGUCUGGUUUCCUGUGCUCCUGCAAUGAUUCAAGUUCUACCUUGUGCUGUCCGCGAUUGUCCGCAUUUCUUCGCGGAACUUUGCUAUUUUUGUAUUCUAUCGUUUUGUCGUGUGGUCCUCCACACUACUCGUUCCGGUUGGAUUAUCUGGACGGAUUUUGGAGGAAAUUGGAAGAGGCCAGAAUUGUUUCAAUGUGAAGGCGAGCAACAACGUAAGAGCUGGACGUCCACAAAGACUGCGGAAAAUCUUUGGUAUGAUUGGCAAGUAGUGCAAAUUGCCGCUUCACCGUAACUUGUAUGUUCUUUUGUGCCGGGGCUUUCCCAGCAGAACCCGACACCCAACACGCUGGGACUCACGACUGGGGGAUGAAUUUGUUGUACACCACGGACCUG